AAUAAUGAUUCCUUCAGUAUACAAUCCACUUGUUUUAAUUGUCAUCUUCCUAGCUCCAGCGUAUCCCGGAGCUAAAAUUAUUGGAGGUCAUGAAGUUAAACCGCAUUCAAGACCUUAUAUGGCAUCUCUCCAACGACGUAACAGGAGCAGUAUGUUCGUUCCCUAUUGCGGAGGUGCUUUGAUCACACCGAAAUGGGUACUAACUGCAGCACACUGUGAAAAGCCAAUUGCAUCAGGCCAGUUUCUUCGAGCAGUUCUUGGAGGACGUUCUCGUUCAAAGUAUGAGAAAAGUAAACAAAGACUGCGCGUCAUCAAACAGAUUCCCAUUACAAAAUUCAACAAUAGGACUAUGAAAGAUGAUAUCAUGCUGCUGCAACUCGAGACUGCUGCAAAAAUCAACCAAUAUGUGAAUGUACUCAACCUACCCAAAGGAGGAAUCACUGACAUGAAAUCUGGAACAAAGUGCACUGUGGCAGGAUGGGGAAAAACAAAAAUAAGCAAUUACUCUGACACACUUCAAGAGGUGGAGGUCAAGGUAAUUCAUCGCAGAAAAUGCAACAGCAAGAAUUAUUACAAUCAUAGACCUGAAAUAACCCAGGACAUGAUCUGUGCUGGUGACAGAAAAGGCAGAGCAGAUUCUUGUCAGGGUGAUUCAGGCGGACCUUUGAUAUGCCGCAAAAAGUAUACUGGGAUUGUGUCCUUCGGCGGAAAAGACUGUACAAAUCCCCAAAAGCCUGGGGUGUACACUUUACUAACAAAGAAAUACAUUGAUUGGAUUCAGUCUAUAAUUGAUUUACCGCUGAAGAAUGCUGAAGAGCUGUACUGAGUAAUCACAAUCCUGCUUCACUCUGCUUUACUUACACUGAUGCUCAGUUAAUUGGCCUAGAGGGCCGGCUUGCU